CACUGCUUUAUGCUUUGACAUCAGCUGUUCUGCCUCCAGAGAAGGACUGAGGCAGUAGAGACGGAGAGCUCCAUAAUUAUCCUUUCCAUUAUGUUGCUUUUAUGUAUUUUAGCGAGCAUCGUCGUGUGCGUGUUUUUAGCCAUAACAUUUUCAGCGCAAAUCAGGAAAUAUGCAGCAGGAGGAGAGUGCACAUCUCAAACUCGACUCGAUGGAAAGACAGUCCUCAUCACAGGAGCAAACACAGGGAUUGGGAAGGAAACAGCACUCGAUCUGGCAUCAAGAGGUGCCCGGGUGAUCAUGGCUUGCAGAGACAUAGACAAGGGAGAAGAGGCUGCUGCUAGCAUACGCAUGUCCUACUCCAAAGCAGACGUGGAGGUCAGAGAGCUCGAUUUGGCUGAUACCUGUUCAAUACGAGCAUUUGCACAGAAAUUCCUCAGAGAGGUCAACCAACUUCACAUUCUCAUAAACAAUGCAGGAGUGAUGAUGUGUCCCUACACCAAAACUGUGGAUGGUUUUGAGAUGCACAUUGGAGUAAAUCACUUAGGUCACUUCCUCUUGACGUACUUGCUGAUUGGUCUCCUGAAGCGCAGUACUCCCUCUCGGAUCGUGGUCGUCUCAUCGCUGGCGCACAACUUUGGCUGGAUUCGCUUUCAUGACCUCCACAGCCAGGGCAGCUACAACAGCGGAUUAGCUUACUGCCAAAGCAAACUAGCAAAUGUGCUUUUUACCAGGGAGUUGGCACGCAGACUGCAAGGUACUAACAUAACAGUGAAUUCGGUGCAUCCCGGGACAGUGAACUCCGACCUGACGCGGCACUCGACUGUGAUGAUGAUCCUGUUCACAGUGUUUUCCAUGUUCCUGAAAACGCCUCGAGAAGGAGCACAGACCAGUAUCUACUGCGCUGUCGCCGAAGAGCUGCACGCUAUCUCUGGGAAACACUUCAGUGACUGCGCUCCUGCCUUCGUUGCUCCCCAGGGCAGGAGCGAAGAGACGGCCCGCAGACUUUGGGAGGCAAGCUGUGAGCUCCUCGGCAUCGAAUGGGACUGAUUUUUAUAAUAAAUAUACGGUAUACCUAUCUUAGAUCCAAAAGGAGGGCUUAACCUUCAAACUAUCAUCUAUCUGAAUUGUUUUAUCUGAUUUGUCCUCAUCAGACUUUGAAUACAAUCUUUAUAUCCAGGUUACAAGCUGUACGAUAAUGUGAAUUUGCUUAUUUUGUGUGAUAUUGCUAUAAGUACUUAGAUAUACAGCACUGUGCAAAAGUUUAAAGGUGCAGUAUAGCCUUGUUUCCAUAGUGCCGGUAUGGGGCGGCACAGUGGUGACCCUGAGUGUUUCCACUGCAUAAAGCAGUCUGUACUGUCCCCUUUUAGAGGACCAAAGUGGACUGCUGGAGGUACUACCAUCCAAAAGGGUCUGGAAUGCUUAGGACCUUGGACUGGCUUGUGGGGGACGGUGCUAGUCACGCCAGUAUUGGACCAUCACAUCCACCAUCUCGUACUGCACAGCUUAGACCACGGUCUCAGGCUGGUACAUGGUUCCAGCAUCAGCAGCGAAAGUAUCCUUUUACACCGCUGUCUAUGCAUUGCUAUGCUGCUUUGCAGGAACAAUCUGUUCAUUUGCUCUCGUCUAUUGUAGUUGCCUCAGCUUCAGCACUCGAUGAUGGAAAUCACUGUGUUCUGUUGCGGUUUGUGUUGAUGAAUGGAAGCAUGACGCGUGUAAACUCAUUGUCGCUGCUCAUUGCUGUGCUGAUAUUGAUCGUCCUGUAGCACUGUUUUUUUUUUAUAGCUGUCUGUGCCACCCUACUUCAUCUGUGUCACGCCCAAGAGCGGCCACAGCCCUGUAUAAUUGCAACGCUCCCUGGCAGGGAGUGUCUCCCUUCCCAACUGUUCCGCGCCAAGGCAGCCCCAAGCGGACCAUGCCUGUGGAAAUGAGGCUUAUGUAACUUUUCUGGUCAGGUGCCAUUUACCUGUCUCCGUGGAGAUGUUUCUGCUUUGCCUGGAGGGAUAUAGACAUCUAACUUGCAUUAUUUUAAUUAAAAGUAUUUUUAUAGGUAAAAAUACAUUGAAAAACAUGCAUUCCUAUGGUGAAGGGAUUUAGUUUCCAAAGAUCAGACUUUAACUUGGUCUAGUGGUGUCCUUUUCUCUAUGGACAAGUUAAAUUCCAUCGUGUGGAACAUUUCUCUCAAAGCAAUGACAUCUCCAUGGAGACAACCAGGUAAAGUUACAUAGUGUUUUUAGGGAUUCUUUUGCCAUAUUUUAAGAUGUGGACUAGAAGAACUAAUCCUUUGUUUAUAUUAAUUCUCAGUGUUAGAUUUAAAGGGUUUUUUGUGCCACUGAAAAAACAUUUACUACUAAACUGGAAAAUCCUUAGGUCUGAGAUCUUACCUGGGCACUGUUCCAUCUUUCUAUAUUAUUUUAUUUUUCCUAUUUUGUGUAUUGUACAUUGAAAACCUUUUGCUUUUUGAGACUUUUGCGCAGUACUGUAAAUACUUGGGGGUUUCUUGCACAACAACAGGCAAAAAGCCAACCUCACUUGACAGUAUUAUUCUGUAAUGAACAAUAACUUUUUAACUAUAUAUUUUUGUGAAACAAUGUGAAUACAAUGUAGGCAAAAAGCAACUUCUCGUGUACUGCUGUAGGAUACUGUGAAGGGUCAAACCAGGGUAAACAACCAGCAUACUG